UUCCACCCUUCAGAUCUCGUGUACGAUAUUGCAUCAAGAAAACAAUCCGGGGAGUUGAGAGGGAGCCAAAGACGAGAGAGACGAGCGAUGGAUAUGUGGCUAUGAAGCGUCCCUUUAUUAAAAUGUCCAUCUUCGCUCGGACGUCAACACACGGCCAAAAACCAUCAAUUAUCCGCCCGGGAUAUUGACCGACUUCUUCACACCUGGAGCAGAGCGGCGGCGUCGAAGGCGAGCGAAGCGAAGCUAGCCUUUCACGAGGAAGGCAUUCUCUCUCUCUCUCUCUCUGUACGACCAACAGUACUGUGGUGUCCAGACGCAGGCGAAAGAAUUCGCCCCCCUUUUUUGCGUGGCCGUGUCCAUCAAUUCGCAGCUGGAGAAUUACCGUUCCAUGUCCUAUCGGUGCUUCCGUUGUUGACAUACAUUGGGAUAUAUUGGCAGCCCUCUUUUCGGGGAAGGGAAGGAAUAAUAACAACAACAGAGGGAUGAUGGUGGUGUUGUAGUGGCAUGGCAAUGUCGUGUCUGAAGUUUCGUGUUGAUUUGCCUUGAAACAACCCCCAGCCUCAUCAGCAAGAUAAAAUUUGGAUUUCGGAGGAAGAAAAGGAGAGAGGAGAGGAGAGGGUUGACCAGAGGCCAUGGCACAACGGUAUGAAGAUAUGCACCACUAUGGAAUGGACGUGGUUGGGAUUCCAUCCUCGAUGUACCAGGACCCUCACGCGGCCCGGGCUCUGCAGGCAGCUCACGCGAACCACCACGGCUCCCAGCUCCACGCGCACCCCUACGCGCACGGGCCACAUGCGAGCGCCGGGCCGCCCAGCGGCAUGGGCUCCCCGGUUAACGACGCUUUAAAACGAGACAAAGAUGCCAUUUACGGGCAUCCCCUCUUCCCUCUUCUUGCACUGGUCUUCGAGAAAUGUGAAUUGGCUACUUGCACUCCGCGGGAGAGUGGCGUGGCUGGGGGAGACGUCUGCUCCUCAGAAUCCUUCAACGAAGAUAUUACAGUGUUCGCCAAGCAGAUUCGAUCCGAGAAGCCUUUGUUUUCGUCCAACCCCGAGCUGGAUAACUUGAUGAUACAAGCCAUACAAGUAUUGCGAUUUCACUUGCUGGAACUAGAGAAGGUACAUGAGCUCUGUGACAAUUUCUGCCACCGUUACAUCAGCUGCCUGAAAGGGAAAAUGCCAAUUGACUUGGUCAUCGAGGACCGUGAUGGAGAUUCCAAAUCGGAUAGUGAGGACUUCACGAGACCUCCAGGCAACGUUGGUCAGAUGUCGUGGGCGAGGGAUCAGGAGGACUGUGCGUCGGUGCGUUCGGCGGGUACCCCCGGGCCCUGUAGCGGGGGACAAGCCUCCCACAGCGGAGACAACAGCAGCGAGCAAGGUGAUUGUCUUGACAACAGCGUGGCGUCUCCGAGCACGGGUGACGACGACGACCCCGACCGGGAGCGGAGGAACAACAAGAAGAGGGGCAUCUUCCCCAAAGUGGCCACCAACAUCAUGAGGGCAUGGCUCUUCCAACACCUCACGCACCCGUAUCCCUCUGAAGAACAGAAAAAGCAACUGGCCCAAGACACGGGGCUGACGAUCUUGCAAGUCAACAACUGGUUUAUCAACGCUCGUCGGAGAAUAGUUCAACCCAUGAUUGACCAGUCCAAUCGAGCAAUAGGUCAGGGGGGUCCCUACGCGCCCGAGGGAGCACCAAUGGGAGGCUUCGUGAUGGAUGGACAGCCGCACAUGGGGAUACGCCCACCUGGUGCUCUGGGUGGUAUGGGUGUGGGCAUGGGAAUGGAGGGCCAGUGGCAUUACAUGUGAACAGUGUCCACAGAGGAGACUCCAUUCAUCAGGCCCAGCUGAGGGAAGACCAUGGGCGUCCAGUCUCCAGUGUGUUGAAUGAAGUGUCACAGUACUACAGUACCCGACAGCACUCUGAGGAUUGAAGCGUGAUGAGCCAGCCAGUCACUACCUGAAUCUCCUUGGCCAUGGAAAACCUUCACGCUAUAGGCUCACUCUCAACAGUCGCCUGCAUAUCAAAAUCCCAUUUAAACAAUAAUAAUAAUAAUACACAACAGAAAAUACAGAGUUAAUUCAACACUCAUAGAGUCAAGUUCACAUCUUCUAGCGUAUUGGUCACAGAGUACUCUCUAAGUGUUAAAUUAACACUGCAUUUUCACAAUGUAAUAAUAAUAUGGUGAAUUCAGGGAAAUUGGGCCACUUUUUUGCGAAUGACCCAAAGUGGCCCAAUUUAGCUGAAUUCACCUCUACAUUGUAUUUGGAAACGCCUUUCUGAGCACUCAAGGUCACUGAAACAGAGCCUCCAGCCUCUAACCUCCACAACCCUACCACCUCACCUCACCAGCUGCCUGCCUUUCCAUAUCUUACCACCAGACAGGGGUGCGUUUCUCGAAAGUGUAGUUGUUAGGGCUUCCGCACACCGGCUCCGACAGCACUGCAGAGCACUUUCGCUUCCGACACAAUUCCGCCCCCCAAACCCAAUUCCACACGAACAUAGCAUUGAUUGCCAAUGGGCUGCGCCAACAAAAUAGAACUUGUCUCUAAACGCUAUCCGGCAUCCACGAAUGUCCGCAGACAUCGGCGCCAGUGUGCGGGGUUCUAUUGAAAACAAUGGAAUUGAACUUUUGCGGAGCAGUGCUCAGCACUUUGUCGGAGCCGGUGUGCGGAAGCCCUUAGCCAGUUAUCAACUUCGGUAGUUGUCAUUGGGAAAUUGCAUUGCAAAUAACAAAGUAGCUAACAUGGUUAGCAACUGUGGUUUUGAGUUUGAGUUGUAUCAAGUGGACGUAGAAGUACUCUUACGGAUGCAAUUACAACAAUAGUGGUAUCAUGAUAUUACCUGGUUACAUUGUUGUAAUAUCAUGCGACUCGUGUUGUAAUUACAUCUGCAAGACUACUUCUACUUCUACUUAAUACAACUAUGCAUCCAAACCCUCACAGUUGCCUGCCCAAACACCAGAGGUGUCCAAAGUAAAAGUGAAAGUACAGUCAUGGUAUAAGUGCAACGCUAGCUAGCACAUGAUAUUACAUCACAGUACACCAUUUACUCCAUUGUCCCUAAUGAGGUACAUGUAGAUAGACUGUGUUGUUGUUGAUACUGAGAACACUGAAAACCUUAACGAGAACGCACCACAAACUUGAUCCAACCAGCGCAGAGUCAGCUGAGAGUAAGACAAGUACACAUGUCUACUGGUUACUCAGAUAAGUGACCUGUGAGAGAGAGGGUCCGAGGCACUCUGAAGUCCGCAUUAAAAGUCCUUUAUUAUUACAUGGACACCAUUGCUAGCCGACGCGUUUUGGUCGUGUGCGACCUUCUUCAGGGCUAAUAGGGCUUUCUUUUUUAAUUUAACUUUUACUUUUGACACCUCUACCAAACACCCCCUACCCAAACCAACCCACCUGGCUACAGGCACCCCCAUUGCCACCCCCAUGACCUGCGACCCCUACCUCAGUAUUCCACCUGAACCGCCACCCUACAACCUCAACAGUUGCCUGCCUAGCCCCCUCAGCCAACCCAAAUCCACCUGCCCAUAGCAUACCCAAACCCCACCGAGUUACCUACCUUGCUCCCUCAUCCAGCCCAAAUCCACCAUGACACCCCCCCCCCAUACACACACACACACACACACACACACACACACACACACACACACACACACACACACACACACACACACACACACACACACACACACACACACACACACACACACACACACACACCACAACUUGCUGCUUAGUCUCAUUAGCCCUCUCCAAGUCCUCCCCAGAGUGUGUGUGUGUGUCUGUGUACAUGAGAUGCACUUACACUAGUAGCAAUGCAUCCAGGGAGGAGCACAUUUACACUUCCCUCCACAACACCAUUUCAAUGCCUUGUCUGUUUAUGUUGAUGUCGGUGCGGUGUGCAGGUCUUGGACUAUAUAUACCUGACUACGCCACUUCGGCCCUUGUUCAAGCGUCCACACACUUUGGACCCUGGUUCAACCCCUUUUCCAGAGUAUGGGUGAAUGGCAAGUUUUUGGACUGUGUACUACUUGACCACACACUACGGCAUGCCUAACGCUAUCCCCAACCUUGAACUCUGACCUUUCAACCUUUGGCAUUUCACUUCCUCCACUCACAUCCUCCCAAAGACAACAAAGUGGGUCCAUUCCAUUGUUCAAGCUCCUGUCCUCCGUUGUGCAGAACAGAAGUUUCAAUUCAAUGUCUCGCAAAAAAAGUGCCAUUUAAAUACCAUUUUCUCAUUGGCAAUCGGGAUGUUGAAUGCGGAAAAGUUCCCCCAAAAAGUUGUUGUGUUUUCUCCACAGAGAGCAGGGUCGUCGUUAGCGAAUUCUGAGAACACCACAAGGACAAAAGUCGAGAGUUUGGAUAAUGGAAUGUACACAUUCUGUUGUCAUGUGAUAACUUUGCUUCCUUCGAGCUCAGGUGCUACAACACUGUACCAAUGACUGGCCUCAUCCUCUGCGUCACCCCCUCAGCCUCUCACCCCCCUCAUCCCUCACCCUCAAAACGCCAGGAGAAGCCACAGACCGACCGACUUGCCUUUGGACACCAAAAAACAAACAAACAAACAAAAAAAAAAAAACAGGAAAUACAAACCAAAAAUAAAUAAACAAGCAAACCAAAAAAAAUGUCAGACAACAAAAUGGCCAAACAACAACAACAGUUUCCUGCUGAUAGCCGUCUUAUUCUGCCUGUCUGUUUGACGGGGCAGUCCAACAACCAAUGACAAGACAAUGAAACUAUAGGAUGUUGAGAAGUGCCCUUGUUGACAAGUCCCCUAGCUUUUGCCAUUUUGCGGCCAAAGAAAAGGAGGGACUACGGGAUAAGAGACACAGACACAAGCUAUCAUCCUCCUGGCCUUCCUUCUCUCACAUGUUUCUUCUUGGAGGAAAACAGCCUCAAGCAAACUCGCCUUCGGUGGCCACUCGCCUCGGAAAAAAGGCAAGAUGGAAGGUGCUGCAGUGCUGUGACAACACAAACAAAGCAAAAGGGUUGUCACAAAACAAAGAAACAGACAGACAAACAAAUAAAAGGCCUGGCUGUGCCGAGUGUGUUUUUACAAAAAAAAAGUGUUUUAUUAACGUGAUGAUUUUCAGAUUUGUAUUAUUUCGGGCCGAAACCGAGUGGAGGGGACUCAUUAGGACAUCGAUGAUGAUGAUGUUGAUGAUGAUGAUGAUGAUGAUGAUGAUGAUGAUGAAUACGAAGAUGAGGACAAAUACUGCUGUGAAAUCUUUUGGACUCUAUAUUGGCCUGGAUGGGGUUUUACUUGGGGUACUGUGCUGAUGUGUGUGUGAACGUGUGCGUGUGUGUGUGCGUGCGUGCGUGCUGCGUGCUCUGAUUUUUUUUUUCAAGAGGAUAUGACGUGCUUAUCCACACUGUGUGUGCUUGUGUGUGGGCGUGUGUGUGUGUGUGUCUGCGCCUGUGUGCAUGUGUCUUUGUGUGUGUGUGUGCAUGAGUCCGUAUGUGUGUUCUGGCUGAUGUUUGUUUGUGUGUGAUUUUCAUACAACUGAAAACUUUCUACGUCUGCCUCACGUUUGAAAAUAAACUGUUUAACCUAACUACUGAUCAGUUCUUUUUUGGA